GUGACGUAUGGGUGACUGUUGCUCGCCUGCCCCCCAACGGCUCCUAAAGAUGCCAUCAUCCCUUCUUCAGCUUUCGUUGUAAACCAUCGCACCAUACCCAAUUCUCUCCAACCAACCGACCCAUACACGAACAGGAACACAAUGGCUUUCCGCAAAAUCGAUAUUGACGCUCUCGAGGAAGACGCGUUCGGACAGGAUGAGCUCGACUACCAGGAGAUUGGCGAGGUGCGCCCUCAGCAAGAGGUUGAGGCCCAGGUGAACAGCCGUGCUCAGGAAGUCAGGUCCUUGCUCCAGCGUGGCAACGCAGGCGGUGCUCUUUCUACAUCACUUCAGGAUCCACCAUACGGUAACGGAUUCGAGACUGCCAAGGCCAGAAAUACUCAGACGGUCAUGGAAGUCUUGAACUCGAUCAAGGUCGCAGAUGUCGCCCAAUUGGUCAAGAACCUGACGCCGGAGGAACAGGAUGUGCUGAUGAAGUAUCUUUAUUCAGGAAUGGCUGCUCCAGAACAGAACAACUCUGGUGUGCUCUUAGCUUGGCAUGAAAAGCUCACAGAGAUUGCUGGACAAGGAUGUAUUGUUCGCGUUAUCACUGACAGGAGGACCGUUUAAGCAAGCUGUAUUGAGAUGAAGUUAGGGACGGAUGAUAGUGACCAAAAAUAAAAGAGGUUACUAGGGGUGACAUGCAAUUAGGGGCAGUUGACAGUGGUACAGAUGAUUGGCAUGCUUUGUUCAACAUGCCAGUAAUGGGGAGGGGGGGGGGGG